AUGAGUCUUUUCUUGUUUAAGGUGUUAGCCUUGUUCUUGCUUAAUACGUCCAGCAAUGCUUCACCUACUCAGUCCAGACGGCAUUGUCGAUUCGGUGAUACUUGCUGGCCUGAUGAAUCGACAUGGCAAGCCUUCAACCACAGUAUUUCAGGACGACUUGUGCGGACAUAUCCUGCUGCAGCUGUCUGCCAUGGGCAAACCUAUGACGCUGCUGAAUGUGAAGUAGCAAAGGCCGAGUGGGACAACAGCUUCUGGAGAACGAACCAGACCGGAGCGUAUACCGCCAUGGUUUGGGAACUAGGCAAUGGACAAUGCUUCAUCAACUCGUCGAGAAACGACGCAUGCCAGCCUGGCCUUGUCCCUCACUACUCGGUAAAUGCCACUUCUGUUGCUGAUAUUCAAGCUGCAGUCAGGUUCGCUAGUGACAAGGAUCUUUAUCUUGUUGUCAAGAAUACUGGGCACGAUCAUCUGGGCCGCUCUACUGGCCGGGGUGCUUUCUCUAUCUGGACGCAUAAUCUGAAAGGCAGAAAGUGGAUGAAGAACUUCGUCGCGAAAGGGGUGCCGGAACAGGCCAAAGGAGUUGCUGCUGUGACUUUGCAACCUGGAGAGCAAUGGUUGGAUGUAUACAGAGCGGCCUCGCAGGAGCGGGUCAUCGUCGUAGGGGGUGCGGCAAGGACAGUUGGCGCCGCUGGAGGGUGGCUCACAGGUGGCGGCCACUCGCCCUUUGCGAAUGCCUACGGUCUUGGUGUUGACAAUCUUCUGGAGGCCACACUGGUCAACGCGAAAGGAGAACAUUUGACUGUUAAUCAAUACACAGAUCGCGACUACUUUUACGCGAUACGAGGCGGAGGAGGAAGCUCAUGGGGCGUUCUGACGUCCGUAACCUACCGGACACAUCCCGAACCCAGCCAUAUUCAGGUCGCCUUCGUCCAGGUCAACGCCACGAGCAACUCAAGUCUCCGGCCUGUCCUCGAACGCUCCCUCGGCGCGCUGGUCAAUAUGACUGACUCUGGGUACACUGGUUACGGUUAUCUCAGCGGCGCCGGCUUUACUUCCCUGUUCAUCAAGCCGAACGGCACAGACGCACAACUCGUCAAAGCCGCCGCAGCAUUCUAUGAGAUAGGCCAACUACCGGAAGCAGCCUUCGCCAUGCUCAACUUCACCUUUCCUCGCUGGAUUGACUAUUGCAAUAUGUUCUUGCAAGACCCAAACAUCGCGCAGAACGUGAUGGACUCAUCGCGGCUGCUCACGCCGGACAUGGCAUUCAACAAAGCUGAUAAGAUAAUUGACAUGAUGCUCGAGCUGAGCGAGGAGAAUUAUCCAUUCUUCAAUUUCAUUGGCAAAGUCAACCCGGCUGAGCGGAACAAGACCUCGGUGCACCCUGUUUGGCAUAACAGUCGAGCUGUCAUGAGCUUUGGCACGAACUGGAACGAUACAGCCUCGGAUGCCGAGAAGCGCCGCAAGAGGCAGCUUCUAGUCGACAUAAGCAAGCGCUGGGGGAACAUUACUGGACCAAGUGGAGGCACCUAUGCCAACGAGGCCAAUCCGUAA